CGGCGGCCCCGGGGUUGCGGACGGCGCGGAGGGCGGGCUGAGCGCAUGGAGCGGCGCCGGCCUGGGGCCGCCGCGGCGAGAGGCCGGGCCGGGCCGGGCGGAGUUCCAGGUAGCCCCUCUUGGUGCAGUCUGGGCCAGUUCUGAGGUCCCCCUCGUCUGGAAAGGAGAGGGCCCUCUUGCCAGAGCAGCUGAGUCCCAGAUAAGCACCGUCAGACCCGGCCUGUAGGCUGCUCCGUUGCCAAUGAACUCCAUGAACCCCAUGAAACCUGCCCUGCCCCCCGCACCACACGGUGAUGGUUCAUUCGCUUACGAGUCUGUGCCUUGGCAACAAAGCGCCACUCAGCCAGCCGGAUCGCUGUCGGUGGUCACUACUGUGUGGGGAGUCAGCAACGCGACCCAGAGCCAGGUUUUGGGGAAUCCCAUGGGCCCUGCGGGGAGCCCCCCUGGUGGCUCCAUGAUGCCCGGCGUGGCAGGCAGCAGCUCUGCCCUGACCUCCCCUCAGUGUCUCGGACAGCAGGCGUUUGCUGAAGGUGGCGCCAGCAAAGGCUAUGUGCAGCAAGGCGUGUAUGGCCGUGGGGGCUACCCCGGGGGCCCCAGCUUCACCACCGGGUAUGCAGGCGGCCCGGGGAGCCUGGGCCUCCCUUCACACACCGCACGACCCUCCACUGACUUCACACAAGCAGCAGCUGCUGCUGCUGUUGCUGCUGCGGCUGCCACAGCCACGGCCACAGCCACAGCCACCGUGGCUGCCCUCCAGGAGAAGCAGAGCCAGGAGCUGAGCCAGUAUGGAGCGAUGGGGGCCGGACAGUCUUUUAAUAGCCAGUUUCUACAGCAUGGAGGUCCUCGGGGGCCCAGCAUCCCCACUGGCAUGAACCCCACUAGCAUGGGAGGGGUGAUGGGCCCUGCUGGCCUCUCUCCUAUGGCCAUGAACCCCACCCGGGCAGCAAGCAUGGCACCCUUGUACGCAGGGCAGCGCCUACCCCAGCAGGGGUACCCUGGACCUCCACAGGCCCAGCCGCUGCCCCGUCAGGGGGUCAAGAGAGCCUACUCAGAGGUGUAUCCAGGGCAGCAGUACCUGCAAGGAGGCCAGUACGUGCCCAGCACUGCCCAGUAUGCACCCGGGCAGCCCCCUGCCACCUCCCCAUCCUACCCCGGGCACAGGCUGCCCCUGCAGCAGGGCAUGGGCCAGUCCCUGUCCGCACCUGGCCCUGUGGGACUGCACUACAAGCCUGCCCGCUCCAUCCCUGGCUACCCCAGCUCCCCACUGCCGGGGAACCCCACGCCACCCAUGACCCCCAGCAGCAGUGUCCCCUACAUGUCCCCAAGCCAGGAGGUCAAGUCUCCCUUCCUGCCUGACCUCAAGCCCAGCCUCAGCUCCUUGCACCCGUCGCCCUCUGGAAGCGGCCCUUGUGAUGAGCUACGGCUGACUUUCCCCGUGCGCGACGGGGUGGUCCUGGAGCCCUUCCGCCUGCAGCACAACCUGGCUGUGAGCAACCACGUCUUCCAGCUGCGAGACUCGGUCUAUAAGACCCUGAUGCUGAGGCCUGACCUGGAGCUGCAGUUCAAGUGCUACCACCACGAGGACCGGCAGAUGAACACCAACUGGCCGGCCUCGGUGCAGGUCAGCGUCAACGCCACACCCCUCACCAUCGAGCGUGGCGACAACAAGACCUCGCACAAGCCCCUCUACCUGAAGCAUGUAUGCCAGCCGGGCCGCAACACCAUCCAGAUCACCGUCACUGCCUGCUGCUGUUCUCACCUCUUCGUGCUGCAGCUGGUGCACCGCCCGUCCGUGCGCUCUGUGCUGCAGGGCCUCCUGAAGAAGCGCCUCCUGCCCGCUGAGCACUGCAUCACCAAGAUAAAGCGGAACUUCAGCAGCGGCACCAUCCCUGGGACCCCUGGGCCCAAUGGAGAAGACGGGGUGGAGCAGACAGCUAUCAAGGUGUCCCUGAAGUGCCCCAUCACCUUCCGGAGGAUCCAGCUCCCUGCCCGCGGUCACGACUGUCGCCACAUACAAUGCUUCGACCUAGAGUCGUACCUACAGCUCAACUGUGAGCGAGGGACUUGGAGGUGCCCUGUGUGCAACAAGACAGCAUUGCUGGAAGGCCUGGAGGUGGACCAGUACAUGCUGGGCAUCCUGAUUUACAUUCAGAAUUCUGACUAUGAGGAGAUCACCAUCGACCCCACGUGCAGCUGGAAACCAGUGCCCGUGAAGCCUGACGUGCACAUCAAGGAGGAGCCAGACGGGCCGGUGCUGAAGCGCUGUCGCACCGUGAGCCCUGCCCACGUGCUCAUGCCCAGCGUGAUGGAGAUGAUCGCCGCCCUGGGCCCUGGCGCUGCCCCCUUUGCCCCCUUGCAGCCCCCCUCAGCCCCUGCCCCCAGCGACUACCCCGGCCAGGGUUCCAGCUUCCUAGGGCCCGGUACCUUCCCCGAAUCUUUCCCACCCACCACGCCCAACACCCCAACGCUUGCUGAGUUCACCCCGGGGCCACCACCUAUCUCCUACCAGUCUGACAUUCCCAGCAGCCUCCUGACUCCAGAGAAGCCAGCUCCCUGCCUCCCAGGCCAGAUGGCACCAGCAGGUCACCUGGACCCUGCCCAUAAUCCCGGGGCACCAGGGCUGCACACCCCCAACCUUGGGGCUCCUCCAGGUCCCCAGCUGCACCACCCGAACCCUCCCCCAGCAUCCCGGCAGCCCCUGGGCCAAGCAGGCUUGGGGCCUGUCAGCGAACUGACCUUCAAUCCUGCUGUGGGCGUGAUGGGGCCCCCCAGCAUGUCUGGGGCAGGGGAGGCUCCAGAACCAGCUCUGGACCUGCUCCCAGAACUGACCAACCCUGAUGAGCUGUUGUCCUACCUGGGCCCACCCGACCUUCCCACAAACAGCAAUGAUGACCUGCUCUCUCUCUUUGAGAACAACUGAUCCUGUGUUAACCCCCAGCCUGGUGGGGACACACUCAAGAUGUCACCAAGGCCCUGCCCUCCACACCUAGCCCCAAAGGACACCCGGUGCUCCUCUCCAACCUCCCCCCACGCACACACCUGGAGCCAGGGCCUUCUGCACCGGCCCCACCCCUGAACUGGAAGCAGCUGGUGCUUGGUCAGAGGGUCCCCCAGGCCAGCGGCCCAGCCCCCUCCUCCUCUAAGCCCACUGCUGCAGAACAGUUUAUGCUGAGGUGCCCUGCCGCCCCUGCCCAGCUGCGUCCACACACUUCACGUCCCUGGUCUCCAAGCCCUGCACCGUGUCCUUCCGCCCCUGCCUGCUCCCACCUGGCCUGCAUCAUGUCCAGUGUUGACCCUUCCAUUUCUACACCUUCUCGACCUCGGAGAGCCAGGCGUGCGGUGGGGCCAGCUGCAUCCCCUGGGCCUCCGGCUCAGACAGCCCCCACACCCAGCAGCCCCAGUUCUUGAAACCACGCUGAACCCCAGCCUUCAGAGAGCCUAGAACUGUCUCCCAGCCCUGCUGGGUGUGGUGUUGGGGGGGAGGGGGCUGUAAAGCACAACAGUGUACAUAGUGUACAAGCAUUGGCAGCUGGCAGAGGGGAGAAGCUAUUUAAGUCAGCACGUUCCUCUGAGUACAGCCCAGGCCUUCCCUGUGCGCGCCACUCCUUCCCGGGAGCAGAUGGCUCAGGGAGACCCUGAGGGGUGCAGCGAGACAGGGAGCUUCGGCCUGGCUGGGUGGGCUGGGCUCUCAGACUCAGCUCUGUGUAAAACUUCUCUAGUGGGCUGCUAUCCCAGGUUCCCCUUUUCUGUGAAAGUAAAGAAUUAGUACAGCUGUGUUUUUUAAAACCACCUCUCCCAUCCCCUUCCUGUGGGCCCACACCCAGGUCGGGAGGAGGAAGACACUGCAUCUGCAGGCUCACAGCACGAGCUUGCAGCAGCAGGGCUCCCCCUGCCUCCUGUCUGUGCUGAUCUCUAUUAAAGGACUCCCUCUUGGUG